AUGCGGACUUUCAGGCUCCAUUCCAGAGGCAAUCAGCAGCCUCAAGCAGCUGGUGGAGUUGUGAGUGGUGAUGGGGGACCUCCGAAGCAACAACCUGAAUGGCACCAUUCCCGCCUCAAUUGGCCACCUCACAGGACUGACCUUCCUGUGCGCCUGUUCUCCCUCCAACCCCCCCUCUCCAUUCCUUCUUUCCACCUCGCUCUCUCUGCCAAGCAUGGGGGAGCAAACUCCUUUCAGCUACAGCACUCACACCCUUCCACGGCGUCAUCGCUGCCUUCUUCUCCUCUCCUUGUCUCUUCUCCUUCUACCUUCUUCUUCUCUCCUCUAUACUCUCCCUCCCCUCCUCUCUCUUAUCCUCUCCACCUCCCUCCUCUUCCCCUCUUCCCCUUUGUUUCUUUCCUUCUCUCCAUGUCCCAUCAUCCACCCCUCUCCAGAGGACUUGGCAACAAUCGCCUUACAGGGACGGUGCCUGCUGCAUUCACCACGCUCACUAAACUCGAAUACCUCGACUUUCCAGGGAGCUACAGCGACCUCACAGCCACCGGUGGAGACGAACCUUUACAACAGCGCAGCUUGUGUAUGUUCCUUUUCAACCAUACGCCCCUCCAAAGCUGCAUCUUGGCCGCGUUCGGGCAGGCGUGCGUGCAGGGCGUUCGGGCAAAGUCCGACACGUUCGCUGGCGGGGGUGUUCGGGCGUCGGCACGAGCACACGGCGGGCAGCGCGCGCGGAGAGCAUCGAUGGGGCCGCGUUGCGCCGCGGCGACGGGGAGGCGCGGCGACGUGCUGAUGGCGGCGAGAGCGGCGGUGGUGGCGCUGGUGGUGGCGCGCUGCUGCAUGCCCCUCGCACGCGCUGCUCCCGUGGUGGACGCCGAGAUUGAAGCUUUGGAGAAUCUGGCACAAGAAUGGAACGAGGUCCAUGGUAGGGACACAUGGAUGAAGGGCAAGGAUUGCGACAACAUGGAUUCCGUGGAGUGUGAUGGUGAUGGGCAUGUCAUUGCACUCUCCAUUUACUCGUGCACCCUCGUCGGCACCCUGCCCUCUGCUCUCCUCGCAUUGCCAUAUCUCAAGCAGCUUGAUUUGACAUUUUGCAAUCAAAUCCCUCGCUCGCUGCUUGAUUCCAGAGAGGAAUUGUCUUCUCCCAUAGACAUCGACGACCCUGCCCUGUACACGAGCGAUCUCAAAGCCUCCGCUCUGCAGGGGCUGGCCAAUCUGCAUCAGCUCACUUACCUGAGUUUGAUGGGAAACAUUCCAGUCGUAUCACUACCAGAGCAGCUCUCCCAGCUGCAGAAGCUGCAGUCUCUACGCUUGGAUGCUCAGCGUCGCCUGUCUGGGGAGCUGCCUGCGUGGAUCUUCAGCCUCACAGACUUGACUUCACUGGAUAUCAAGGGCAACAACUUCUCAUGCUCCAUUCCAGAGGCAAUCAGCAGCCUCAAGCAGUUGCGGAAGCUACGCAUCACGGAGCCAACGCUGUCAGGGUCCAUCCCCGAGUCGAUAGGAGCGCUCACCAACCUGCAAGAUCUGGACUUGGAAGGCUGCGGCAGCCUGGAUGGCACCAUUCCCGCCUCCAUUGGCAACCUCACCGCACUCACCUCCCUGAGUCUUCGUGAAUGCUUUCUCUCAGGCUCCAUUCCAGAGGCAAUCAGCAGCCUCGGGCAGCUACAAAACUUGGACCUCCAAAACAGCAUGCUGAAUGGCACCAUUCCCGCCGGCAUUGGCCACCUCACCGCGCUUUACACCCUAAACCUUAAAUACAACUUUCUCUCAGGCUCCAUUCCAGAGGCAAUCAGCAACCUCAAGCAGCUGGGGGAGUUGGAGCUGAAGGACAACAGCCUGAGUGGCACCAUUCCCGCCUGCAUUACCCACCUCACCGCACUCAUCACCCUUAGUCUUGACAACAACCGCCUUGCAGGGUCGAUACCUGCUGCAAUCACCACGCUCACCAAUCUUGUAUACCUGGACUUACGGAGCAACAAUCUGAGUGGCACCAUUCCCGCCUCCAUUGCCCACCUCCAAGGACUCGGCUUCCUUGGACUUGGCGACAAUCGCCUUACAGGGGCGAUACCUGCUGCAAUCACCACGCUCACUAAUCUUCAAUACCUCAACUUAGAGGGCAACCAGUUGACGGGAGCGUUGCCCUCGUUCGACCAUACGGACCCUUUGGAUUCGUUUAUUGGGGACCCUUUCAACGACAGCAACAACAACAACAACAACGACCUCACUGCCUCGGAAAGCCUUCUCCCUCUCAACACUACCAGCCUUGACGGAACUCUACAGCAGGACAGCUUGU